UUGAAUGAAUUAAAUAACACACACAGUACAGAGCCAGAGUGCGCAGGCGACAGACGUGUCUUUGGUGUUUAUUAUUCAGUUUGUGUAAAAGUGUUCGUGUAAAAAUGAAAAUUACGUUACUCCUCAUCGCCGUGUGCCUGGCCGUCUGCCUGGCGUCAGCUGCCAGUAUAAGCUCUGACAGAAGACACGUGCUUAUCAACAAGCCCAAGAUUGACGAAUUUGGGCCUCGAGCUAAGCGGUCGCCUUGGCCUUGGGCGAGGCCUGGAGGCGGGGUCAAAGGCUACAGGCCUGCUGAAGCGCCACCUAGUGAGCUGCAAAAGAAAGUGCGUAAGGGUGAAUUUGUUUGCGGGAAUAAAAUAUGCAAGUUGGAGCCGGGAGUCGAACCGGCAGGGUGUAAUGGACUCUGUCAAUAUCCUAUACAUUAAUAAAGUAAUUUAAGUAAA